GCGCGGGCGGAAGUGUGGCGAGGAGGCGGAAGUUGGCCGGCGGCAGCGGGGUGGGCGCCAUCAUGUCGGCCUCGCUGUUGCGGCGGGGCCUGGAGUUGCUGGAGGCGCCGGCAGGACUCCAGCGGGGGCGGGACGGCCCCGGGGCGGCGGGCGCUGCCAGGCGGAGGAAGAGGGCGGCGCGGACCGGCGGGAACAAGGCCACGGUGAAGGGCAGAGUCGUGAAGUCGGCGAUAGAGGAGUAUCAUAAGAAGAAGGCUGUGAAUCACUUGAGAGCGAACCUGCAGUACAUGUUGAAGGGGCGAUUUGUUGCAAACAAAGCCGUUACGGAACAAGUUCUUGCUCAGAACAGAGGCAGGAAGUCCAAAGAUCAGCCUCCAAAGAAGGUGGCAAAGAAGAAGCCUGAGGGCACCGUCUUUACUGAGGAAGAUUUCCGUAAAUUUGAGAGAGAAUACUUUGGGAGGCCAUAAACAAUGUGACAGGGAUUCUUGCAGCUCCAUUCUUUCUGCAGCUAAGCGCUCGGCAUGCGGGACUGGCCAUUUCCUCAGCGUGUUUGAGAUGGGAUAUCGGAGAUGUGCUUCUGUCAGCAAGUGCUUUAAUGUCACACUUGCGGAGCAGCUCUGCAUCUGUGCAGAACUUGUUACUGGCCAGCUAGAGCCACAGAGGUUCUCUUGGUUCUGAGAUGUGUUGUCCUUAUAAUUACCUCCCUCCAGCCAACAUGUCUUGCAUUCUUAGUGUAGAAGGGUGGAUCAAGCCAAAUAGAAUACUUGUUCCCCUUCCUCAGGAUGUGAGGCUCCUGCUACCUGCGUUAUUUGGCAGGGAGCAUUUAAAGUACUGUGUCUGAAUGGAGAAAUGUUUUGGAGCAGCAGUCAUAAGUCAUCAGAAGGGAAGGAUGCAUUGAAAGACUUAAACCUGAGCAGCCCUGCAGUUUCUGUUCUCAUUACAGCCUCUGUCAGGUUUUUCAGUCAUUGCAAAAACUUUUUACAUGUCGUUUGAUUAAAUAAUUGUUGCAGA